AUGGCAAUUGCUAAUGACGUUGGAGAUUUUGACACCUGUGGUGUUUGUUUGUGGUGUGAAUGUGACCAAAAACACAGGUGCUCUUUUGUAAAAACGAGAGGCCCUGGAUUCAACAAGUUAGCCCUGUCCAUUCCGAAAUGUAAAGUUGAAGAGCAAGUGGGAUUUGUUUUGAAAUCCCUCCGUGCUGCAGAAGAAGUGACAAUUAAAAUUUCAAGACGAAAACAGGUAAUUCUUCUUGUACGAGCGAGAUGUAGCAGUUUAGCAAGUAGGUCUCUUCAGCCUGCAAGACCCAGCAAGAGCAAUGGCGGUGUCAAUUGUUCUUGGCGAUUUUUCAGCUCUUCUUCGGCACUGCUGAGAAAUGCCGGCUUGAAAACAGCCGAGAAAGUCAAACCCAAAUUGAAAUCGGAAGAAGUACGCAGACUCAUCGGUUUGGCUAAACCAGAAAAAUAUAGAUUGCUUGGUGGAAUAGGGCUUCUGUUUGUCUCUAGUGCAAUCACCAUGGUUAUCCCUUUUGCUAUUGGCAAGGUCAUAGAUAUCAUUAGCGCCAAUCAAGAAUCCAUGGUGGAGAACCUCACAAAUGUGUCACUUAUUCUCGUUGGCAUCUUCAUCUUUGGAGCUGCUUGUAACUUUGGGCGUACUUAUCUCAUGAGCGUGGCAGGUGAGAGGAUCACUCAGACAAUGAGAAGGAAUGUUUAUGCUGCCAUAGUCAAACAAGAUGUCAAAUUCUUUGACAAGAACCAAACAGGAGAGUUGGUCAACAGACUCUCUACUGACACUACCCUAGUCAGCAAGUGUGUCACAGCUAACCUUGCAGAUGGAAUCAGAUCUAGUGCAUUAGUAGUUUCCGCUAUUUCCAUGAUGUUUUACACGUCUCCACAAAUAGCCCUAGUCGGUUUAUCAAUUGUUCCACCGGUCGCAGUACUGACCAUUGUUUACGGCCGCUUUGUCAAAAAAAUUACUAAAAAAGUUCAGGAUGCGUUAGCUCAAGCCACUCAAGUAACCGAGGAACGAAUUUCAAACAUUCGGACAGUGAGGGCGUUUGGCCAAGAGAAACGUGAAUUCGAACGUUACAACGAGCAGAUUGAUCAUGUACUCACGCUUGGAUACAAAGAGGCGAAAGCUAGGGGAACUUUUUUCGCUUUGACGGGGUUCGCGGGAAACGCAAUCAUCAUUUCGGGUCUUUAUUACGGCGGCUUGAUGGUAGCGGACUCGUCGCUGACGGUUGGCCAGCUCUCCGCCUUUCUCCUCUACGCUGCCUAUGUCGGAAUUUCGAUGGGCGGUCUCUCCUCAUCUUACUCGGAAAUGAUGAAGGGCCUGGGCGCAUCCACCCGUAUUUGGCAACUGAUUGACACACGGCCGGAUAUUCCCAUUUCUGGUGGCCCUGUCAUCCCGGCCGGGCAAUUCGAAGGCUCUAUCCGGUUCCGUGACCUUAGCUUUGCUUAUCCGACCAGAUUCGACGUUCCUAUUUUCAACAAUUUAAAUUUGAGCAUACCGGCCGGGUCGGUGACGGCUAUUGUCGGUUCCAGUGGCUCAGGAAAGAGUACCAUAGCAGCACUUCUACUCCGUUUCUACGAUCCCACUAGCGGUCAAGUGCUGGUUGACAAUCAUUCGAUUAAAGAUUUGGAUCCACAAUGGCUCCGAGCAAACAUCGGCACAGUUAGUCAGGAACCCUCUCUGUUUUCGUGUUCCAUACGGGAAAACAUUCUGUACGGAGCGAUCGAUCCUAACUCUGUCAGCGAAGAACAAGUCAUUCAAGCAGCCAAAGAGGCCAACGCCUGGUCCUUCAUCCAGAAAUGUCCUCAGGGACUAGACACAGUCGUCGGCGAACGAGGUGUCCUCCUCUCGGGUGGCCAAAGGCAGAGAAUAGCCAUCGCACGGGCCAUCGUCAAAAAUCCUCGCAUCCUAUUGCUGGACGAAGCCACAAGCGCUCUGGACGCUGAGAGCGAAUCGCUCAUCCAAGAGGCGCUCGAACGCGUCACGAAAGGCCGGACGGUGUUGACCAUCGCCCACCGACUGUCGACCAUCCGCAAGGCGUCGCAAAUCGCUGUGCUGGAACACGGCCAAGUGGUCGAGCUGGGCACCUACGAAGCUCUCGUGUCCAUCCCCGACGGAGUGUUUAAGAAAUUAGUUGAACUCCAGACGAUCGGCUUAGCUGCUUAAUUCAAAAAAGAGAAAAACAAAAGUUUAUGUUUCCUUUUUUACUCCGCUCACUACUAUAAUUUGGGAAAACAAUUAACCGUUCAAUCAACAUAUUGUUCUUAUGUAGAUAAGAGAUUUUGGGUAUAUAGAGAAAACAAAUAUAUUUGACCUAGGGUUUUUUUUGUAUUCUA